UAUUUAUUAAACCCCAAGACAUUGCUUUGAUAUUGGGGUUGAGUAUGAAUGGAGAGUCUAUAGAUAUGAAGAAGAAAUUAGAUGAUUAUAAUGAAAAUUUUAAAAACAAAUAUUUUCCAAAUGCUCUUAUAUUGAGGAAUUUAAUUGAGGAGAAUAUUAAGAGGUGGAUAGAAGAAACUUUGGAUGAAUGUUUAGCCGAUUUUACCAAACUUUUUAUUUUGUAUAUAUUUAAUACAAUUUUAUUUCCAACUUCAAAUCAUGCCACACCAAAAUUCUUGUUGCACUAUGUGAAUAACCUGAAAAAGUUGCAUAGUUAUGAUUGGGCAACUGCUGUUUAUGAGUUUUUGGAUAGAAGUAUUUCUAAAUGUGUGGAGGAGAAAAAGAGCUAUGUGAACGGAUGUGUCAUGAUAUCAGAAGUAAGUAAACAACUACUUUUAUCAAUUUUUUUUCUUUUCGUUCUCAUAUGUCUUUCUCAUAUGAAUUUAUUUUAUGCAUAGCCAUGGUUAUAAGAGCACAUCAUUCAUCAGCCAAUGUUAAUAACAAAAAUGGUGUAUCCACAUUUAUUGAGAUGGGUAGAAUCUGUGGUUCCCAACAUGCUGACACACGUAGGAAAUAUAUUGAUAAUCUCAUCUACACUCAGGUUAUUGAAGAAAUAAAGCCUACGUAUGAAGAGAGAAAUCUACUAUUUCCUCCUGAGAUAUCAAGUGCAGUCAACGAAAUGUGCAGACAAUUUGAACCUAAAUUUUUGAACAUUAUAGAGAAGUUAAUGAUACAAAAUAAGAAAAAUUAAGACAAUAGUGAGUACAGAGAAUUACUGAUGGAAAACAAAGAAUUAAGAGAUAAGAUAGUUGAUAAAGAAAUAAUUAUACAACGAUUGUCUGAUAAAGUGAAAGGGUUAAAGAGAAAUCACGAUUGGGAAGCUACAUCAUAUGAGAUAAUCAAGGACAUGCAAGUAAAUUCUGAUAUACCACAAAUUUCUACUCCCGUUCAUGCGAAUACGAAGAUAAAAGAGACUUUUGUUACAAAUCAAAACUCUUUAGUGAAGUGUGUAAAAGCACAGGGUAGGAAGAAGAUUCCUUCAAAAGUCUUACAAUCUCCAUACACUAAAAUUUCAUGUAAAACCAAAGGUAAAACUAUAUAUGAAAAUCCUGAAAUUCAAUCACGUAUAGAAAAUAGUGAUGAGUAUAUGUUAUCCCAAGAAGAGGUGAAUGCAAUUACGACUCUUAAAGCUCAGAAUAAAAUCAAGUAAGAUGCUUUAAGUAUUUAAUUUUUAAUCCACCCACUUAAUUUUUUUAAUCUUUUUGUACUAAUACGAUAAUAUAUGUCCUUAGAGAUCAAAUAUUUGGCCCACUUCUUGUCGAAAGGAGAUCCUUAGAGUCAUUGUUGAAUCCAAUGAAAUGGGUAGAUGAUGAUGUAUAAUUUAAAUGUUAUAUUACAAUGAAGUAUGAUCCAUCAUUCAUGGAUAUGACUUAAUUGAUUAAUAUGUUAAAUUUGAUGCAGGUUAUAUCCAAGUAUACCGAAUUGAUGGCUAUUCGAGAAAAUAGUGGUAGGCAUAAUUUGUUAAAAUGUCACUUCUUCAACGCAUGGUUUCAUGUAAGUUUUCUCAUUUAUAUGUGUAACAAAAUUAUCAUAUAUAAGUAAUUUGUGUUUAAAUGAUGUUAAUUUCAUUUAAAUUGAACUAUUUCAGAAAUAUGUGUGUACAACGAGAAUUAUAACGAAAGGAGAUAAGAAAUUUGAAGAGAUAUA